CCAGAGAACCAAUCAGACCAGAGGACUUGACAGAAGCCCCGCCCCCUUCCAGUUCCCAGGCGUCUGACCUCGCUCUUUGGCGCGAGGGGCGGGAAGGAAAGGGGCGACGGAGGCGCGCGUCGGAGAUCGGCCGUCUCCGCCCCCUUACAAACAGCCAAUCGCGAGCAAGGUGCCGGGCGCGCGCACGCUCCCUCGAAUUUAACGGUCGCGAGAGGCCGCUCGCCCGACCCUGACAUCGGCUGUGGGAGCAGCGGCCAGACUCUCUUGGGAGCUUAGGAUAUUUCACAGUUCUGAAUGUUAGCAACUGAAAAUGCCUGUAGACGAUGAAGCAUCUGAAGAUGACUCGGAUUCAGUUUCUUCAAACACUGAAAGAACCUACAUUUUCAAAUAAGAGAGUAUAACGAUUUCUGUACAAUAUGGAAGAUUUUGAUUUGGUGAAACCCUUACGAAAACCUUCAUCUUCUGUAGAAUCUGAUAUAAAAAGUUCUCCCCAGUCUUUUGGACUGAACUUAAAUACUAAUAGAAGUAGUCCCCACCUUAGUACAAAUGGGGUAUCCUCUUUCUCAGGGAAGACCAGACCAUCCGUAAUUCAAGGUACAGUUGAAGUCCUAACCUCUUUAAUGCAAGAGCUACAAAACAGUGGAAGGACUGAUUCGGAACUUUGGAAAAACUGUGAGACCAGGUGGUUACAGCUAUUCAGUCUGGUGGAAAAACAAUGCCAACAACAGAUAGUCGCCCAGCAGGAGCAGUUCCACAACCAAAUUCAACGAAUACAGGAGGAGAUAAAAAACUUAGUCAAGUUACAGACCAGUAAUUCUUCCUGGGCUUCCUCCGAUAGUUCUUUAAGCAAACAGUUAUCUUCAGAAAGUCAAAUGGGUUUUUAUUCUGAAAACAGUGAGAGAAAUGAACCUAUUAUCAGUUAUCCUAAGUCUACAGAACCCGAAAUGCAGCAAGGAACAGCCACGUCCCAACCAGAGGGCAGCAUGGACAGUAGCUCGGUGAGCAGCGGGUAUGGCACCUUUUGUGUCUCCGAAUUAAAUGCCUACAAAUCUAAGGACCCGCCCGAGAUCAUGGAGCACACGGAGGUUUCUGAAGGACAGUUUGGAGCGCCUUUGGGGCAGACGGAGUCACCUGUAGAUGGUAUAAAAAACAAGAGUUUUCAUAUACACACCACUGAAGUGUUCGGUGCAUCUUUAAAGGAAGAUAUUUCUAUUUUUCCUGGUGAGUUUGAACACCACUUUCUUGGCGAAAAUAAGAUUUCAGAAGUAUACAGUGGGAAAACAAAUAGUAAAUCGAUAACAUCAUGGGCACAAAAGCUGAAGCAGAACCAACCAAAGAGAGCACUUACAGAAGAGGGGUGUUCAAAACCUAUGCAAGGAAAUGAGCUGGCCAAGAAGUCACCAGUGGAGAAGUCUAAUUUCACUGCUGCUAAGCAUCCUCAUGCUUUUUACCUCAACAAACCAGACGAGAGUCCAAAUUCUUGGAUGUCUGAUUCAGGAACAGGACUGACUUACUGGAAGCUGGAAGAGAAGGACAUGUAUCGCUCUUUGCCUGAAACUUUAGAGAAGACGUUUGCACCAGCCUCCUGCACAGAUAUGUCCCCCGGCCAGUCUAAUACUAGUAAUGAGAUGAAGCUACCAUCACUGAAGGAUAUUUAUCAUAAAAAACAAAGGGAAAACAAGCAGUUACCUGAGAGGAAUCUCACUUCUCCUUCCAACCCAAAUCAUCCACCAGAGGUACUAACUCUAGAUCCGACGUUACACAUGAAGCCAAAUCAGAUUUCAGGGAUUCAACCACAGGCCUUUUUGAAUGCCCUUGAUGACAGAAUAUCCUUUUCACCAGACUCUGUUCUAGAACCUACUAUGUCUAGUCACUCUGACAUAGACUCAUUUUCACAAGCAAGUAAUAUUGCUUCUCAGUUAUCUGGAUUCCCAAAAUAUCCCUCAAAUACAAAAACUUCACCAGUGGACUCUUGGAAAAAUCAUGGAUUCCAAAAUGAAAGUAGGACCAGUUCCACGUUUCCUUCAGUUUAUACUGUUAAUAGUAAUGACAUCUCGGUCAACACUGUAGAUGAAGAAAACACUGUCAUGGGAACCUCAGCCUCAAUCAGUCAGUCCCAGCUUCCAGGGACAGUCAGCAGUGUCCCAGAAUGCAUUUCCUUGGCUUCCCUGGAAGAUCCUGUGAUACUGUCCAAAAUUAGGCAGAACCUCAAGGAAAAGCAUGCUCGACACAUAGCGGAUCUUCGAGCUUAUUAUGAAUCAGAAAUAAAUAGUUUGAAACAGAAACUGGAGGCAAAGGAAAUUUCUGCAGUUGAAGACUGGAAGAAAACCAAUCAAAUUCUUGUAGACAGAUGUGGCCAUUUAGAUAAUGCUCUGAAUGAAGCUACCAGUCGUGUGAGAACACUUGAAAAUAAGAAUAACUUACUGGAAAUAGAAGUCAGUGAUUUUAGAGAACGCUUCAAUGCAGCCAGCAAUGCUUCCAAAAUUUUGCAGGAACGGAUUGAGGAAAUGCGAACAAGUAAUAAAGAAAAAGACAAUACCAUCAUUCGACUAAAAUCCCGUCUGCAGGAUUUAGAAGAAGCAUUUGAGAAUGCUUACAAACUCUCAGAUGAUAAAGAAGCGAGAUUGAAACAAGAAAACAAAAUGUUUCAAGAUCUCUUAGGAGAGUAUGAGUCCCUGGGAAAAGAACACGAACGAGUAAAGGAUACAUUAAAUACCACUGAGAACAAAUUGCUGGAUGCACACACUCAGAUUUCUGAUUUGAAAAGAACAAUUUCAAAACUUGAAGCUCAGGUCAAGCAAGUAGAGCAUGAAAAUAUGUUAAGUCUUCGCCAUAAUUCGAAAACUCCCAUGAGAGCCUCACGUGCCAACACACUGGCCACCUCCGACGUCAGCAGGCGCAAGUGGCUGAUCCCAGGGGCGGAGUACUCCAUCUUUACCGGCCAGCCUUUGGACGCCCCGGAUAACAGAAUGGAUGACCAGCUGGUGGAAACCUGUGCUCCUGGGUACCAUUCUCCUCCGGAAAAGGAUUCUUCAUCUGGAAGUUCACCAAGAAGCUUAUCGAUAACAAAACAAAGAGAGACUUCAGAUACACCAGUCAUGAAAGCUUUAAAAGAACUCGAUGAAGGAAAAAUAUUUAAAAAUUGGGGCACACAGACAGAGAAAGAGGACACCUCAAAUAAAUUAGCAAAUCCUCGGCAAACGGAAACGUCAGUCAGUGCAGGUCGGUCCCCAGAGAAAUGCGCCCAACAGAGGCAGAAGAGAUUUAACUCAGCUUCACAGAGAUCGUCGUCUUUACCACCUUCAACUCGUAAAUCAAGUACCCCAACAAAAAGAGAGAUUAUGUUAACGCCAGUGACUGUGGCUUAUAGUCCAAAGCGAUCCCCAAAAGAAAAUCUCUCCCCAGGAUUUAGUCAUCUACUGAGCAAAAAUGAAAGCAGUCCAACUCGAUUUGAUAUACUUUUGGAUGAUUUAGAUACUGUUCCUGUGUCUGCUUUACAACGUACCAAUCCAAGAAAACAACUCCAGUUUCUUCCUCUAGAUGACUUGGAAGAAAAAAAAUACUCAGAAACAGCCACCGACAUCCAUGCUAAUCAUAGCCCUUCUCCCGAACUGUUGCCAAAUGGAGUGAAGAGAGUGUCUGUGAGAUCAGCCUGGGAGAAGAAUAAAUCAGUUAGCUAUGAACAGUGUAAGCCCGCGUCAGUAGCACCACAUGGUAAUGAUUUUGAGUAUACAGCAAAAAUUAGGACCCUAGCUGAAACGGAACGGUUUUUUGAUGAACUUACAAAAGAAAAAGACCAGAUUGAGGCGGCACUAAGUCGAAUGCCUUCUACUGGAGGACGAAUCACUUUGCAGACAAGAUUAAACCAGGAAGCCUUGGAAGAUCGUUUGGAAAGGAUUAAUCGAGAACUGGGCUCAGUUCGAAUGACAUUAAAGAAAUUUCAUGUGUUGCGCACCUCUGCAAAUCUUUGAGAUCUGUAGCCAUUAAAUUUUGAGACGUUUUUGUUUGCACUAAUGUAUAAUUAUGCACUCAGAAAAGGCAAACUAUUUUGUACUGUUUAUAAGCCUUCAAAUAGUAGUUUUACAAUCAUGCUAUUCUUUACACUUGCUGUUUUAUACUUCAAAUGGCCACAUAUUUUCAAGAUAUUUUUGUUAUGCUCAGGAAUCUCUUGUAUAUUUUACUAUUUAAAAAGUAUUAUUUUUAAAUAGUAUAAGUCUCCAGUUUAUAUCAAUAGUAAGGAAAUGUAAACAGGGGAGGCAGCUUGUUUCUAAACAAAUAGUGUUAUCCUUUUACAAUUAACUUUGCACACUAAUUUUAUAUACUUGUUCUACAUUGUGAAUAUGAUUCUUUUUUUAAAAAAUAAAUGCUUAAGAAUAGCUUCCAUAAUAAACCAAUACAUGCUGAAUGCAAAAAAAAAAAAAAAGAAAGAAAAGAAAAAGAAUGCAGCAUACCCUGGAUUUUAGUUGUGUUGAGAUUUUUUUUUUCUUAAUGGUAAUGCAGUUCCUGUUAGGAACAAGUCUUAGAGUGAUUAUUACAAUAGUAAUAAUGGAACUAUUGGAAGUAAUGGAAUAUUGGAAAGCUUUGGAAACUGUGAAUAACUCAUUUUGUUUCCCUUGAACUUUAUUGUCUGUAAGGAAAGAGAAAUGAGCGCUGUUAUUCUCUAAUGUUGUCAUAUAUGUAGUACUUUCCAGAAAACGGUAAGCCGUUGGGGGAGCCGGGGCUUUCUGCCCAGCAUUCCGAGUGAAACCAUGUCCUUCCGGUGGCCAUAAGGUGAUGGUGGAUCAAGCUUUGAUGAAAGACCACCACCCAUCGAGGGUUCAGAUUGGCCCUGGUUUCUGCCAUCAGAGCCACUGAGCAGAUGUUUUCAACCCUGCUGACCCCCACCACCCCCGCCAAAAAAAAAAAAAAAAAAAACCCUCCAGCCGUGGCAGGGGCUGUCAGGAUGCUAGGUGUAGAUUAGAGUCCCCUCCCCUUACUGUGCACAGGCAGGGAAUGUGUGCGGAUGAUGCGUGGGCCUUUCCUUGGGCCUUGCUGGGGAGCUGCAGCUCACGGCCUUGGCAGCGGCACUCGGGCGGAGGCUGUGCUCUGAUCAGCAGCACCAGCAGGUGUGUGUUCUGACCCCUGGCCAAGUCCGGGCUGCCCCACUGCCCACUUUUCGGGGGCCGGUAGGAAUCCAGUGCCCACAUAUCCGUGUACAUGUUCAUCAGUAGACUCAUUCUAAACUUUCAGAAUUGAUUGCCACUGAUGAUGCUCAGGUUUUAAAGUUUGGUUUUCUUUUGAACGUUUUCUUCUUAUGUGACUCUUAGCGGCUUGUAGUUAUAAUGAGCCAAGCCAGGCAUCACUGCACUAGGGUCUGUGUAUGCCUUUGAGCAGGGAUCUCAAACUGCGCCCUUCACCAAAGCUUACCUGGCUGAGCUCUGGGCCUGUUGCCCCAGCAGGCUCCCUUCUCAGCUUCCUGGGUGGUCCUCCGUCAGGAGGGGCCAUCUGACACCUGCCUCUUCUGUUCCUCUCCGUGAAUCGAACCUUUGCUCCCAUCUCCUGCCAACAGUUGAAGACCUUGGGCUAAUCACAAUUAUUCAUCAACAGAAUAAGUGCCUUUAUUCAUAGUACUUUUUUCUAACCUUUUUUUUUUUUUUAAAGUCAACUAGUUAAAGAAUAAGUUAAUUUUAAUCAAGCUCCAGUACAGCUGUGUCAAGACCUAGUAAAGGGAUCGACUUUACUGAUGGUUAUUACCUUUGUGUUCCUAUAUGUGAUAUUAGAAUCUAACUUGAAAAUUAUUAGGAUAUUCCUUGUUCCCUCCUUUUAUCAUGAAGUCCACUACCUUCUCAAGAAUAGGAAAUUGCCAUUUCAGAAGUUUUAUCUUGUGAAGGAGUUAUCUUUUUAGUAGUCUCUAUCGGCUUAUUCUAAGAAAGAUCUGAAACCCCAUCAAAACCUCUUCUAUGCCUCUCAGAAAACAUGUGCUUUGAUUUUUUAAAUGUAUAAUAAAUUGUAUCAGUCACUUAUUUAAACAUUAAAAAAAAACCUUUUCAUAGCUGUGAAGAGGAGAACCAAGGAAAAUCCUUUCAGCCAUCUUUCCCUUUUUCGUGCUUAAUUUACAAACACAGAACGCUGCACUUAAAAGCAACUCAACCCCCAGAAGUGGCGAUGUUAGAAAGUUGCGGGUGUCCCUGGGAGGUGAAUUGCUUGGGUCCCCGGCUGGGGCUGAGCUGCUGGAGAGUAACAGCCUGAGAGCACCUUCCACUUCGGGGAAGUGCCUCUUUUAAUGCAAAUAGAGUUUACUCACUCUUUUCCCGUGGUUCUGUCCCUUUCAUAGUACCUGUUCUGGCUGACAGCAGUAGAGGUGGCUAAGGGCAGAGCUGCUGGGCGGCACAGGGAGAGCCAGGCGGACCUGGGUCACCACCAGGCUCAGGCCUGCCCGCCUCCGCCUCCGCAGCAAGAGAUAAGAUGAAACGAUAAGCUUCCUUCCAUUUUAAAGGAGAUUAUGUACAGUACCUGGUGCUUCAUAACUUUUCAACAAAAAGUACACAUUUCAGAUUCAUUCUGAGUUAAUCAGGGCUUUGAAGUAGUGAUUUAGGACUUUUUAAAUAGGAAAGUAGGUUGUGCCCCCCUAAUUGAUUUAAAAAUUGCCUUGGGUUGAUUGACGUUUCUGUUAGGUGGUCUAAGAUGAUCUCUCCACCUUUUUGCAA